GACUCAGUGUUGUGGCGGGAGCCGUGCGGGGGGGUUGUGUUACGCGUCGCUCGUGGCAGUGCUGGUUUUAUGUCGAUUAGGUAGUUUAUGGACGUUGAUCAUCGUGGGACUGGUGUCAGGGCAAGCAGAUUGUGGCUGUAGCCUGGAAACUGAAAACUGGCUCUAAUUACGUCCAGGGUGAAAAAUACCAUUGCGUCUACCGUUCGCCCGCUUCAGCUUGCACCAGCACCGUUUUGCGCUUGAGGCCGGAAGGAACCGUGCUGCCUUCUGGUUCUAGCAGAACCUGGACCUUUAUACCCAUAUAUGAGUGUGUGGUGACUGGUGCUCUAUAACUUAAGUUGUAUCGAAUCUUGAUUUGUCAUCGUUUCACGCGCUUCCUAAGGGGAUGACUUGUUCUCUGCAUGAGGCAUCACAAACAACAAUAUUUGUACAUUAAGACCAUCUUGAUAUUAUCUGUGCAUCAUGGGUAAUGCUGAAAGCAUAGCUGAAAGAGAAGAAUACAGAAGAACAAUGGAGAAACGUUUGAAUAACUACUCGUCCAGUAUUGUGCCGGGCACUGUCGCCACGUCAAUCUCGAUGAAGGUCCCGAUGCCUGACCAGGAGACGCUCGAGGAGAGGUUCAAUCGAGUUUUGGCUUCCAUGGACCUGCCGCCAGACAAGGCCAAGGUGUUGCGUCAGUACGACUGCGAGAGGAAGUGGGAGAUGAUAUGCGACCAGGAGCGGGUAUCGGCACGAGAGCCGCCCUCGUUCUACCUGGCUAAGCUGCGCACCUACCUGGACCCCAAGGCGUCACGCAGUCAUCGGAAACGGAAACUGAUGGGCGACGCCACGUCAACACAAGUGCUGCGAGAUCUGGAAAUAUCGCUCCGCACCAACCACAUUGAAUGGGUGCAGGAGUUCCUCAGCGAUCAGAACAGCGGACUGGAGGUGCUGGUGGACUACCUGACCUUCCGGCUGAUGCUGAUGAGGCACGAGCAGCGAGCGAAGCAGCAGCGCGAGGACGAGGCUCUGGAGCACGAGCGGUGCGGCAGCGGCGAGUUGGCACCGCCGCCUCUCCGGCACCACAACCAUCAUCAUCACCACGAGCACCGCGACCCGCCAGCCCCCCGGAUCGAGAGGACCUCCUGGUCACGGCAGAGCUUCAUCGGCCAACUGGACACGCCGCGCCUGAAGAGGGCCUCCCGGCACAUCGCCAAGCUGAACAUGGGGGAUACCAAGGAUGACAUCCACGUCUGCAUCAUGUGUCUCAGGGCCAUCAUGAACAACAAGUUCGGCUUCAACAUGAUCAUCGAACACCUCGAGGCCAUCAACAGCAUAGCGCUCAGCCUCAACCACAAGAGCUUACGGACGAAGGCGUUGGUACUAGAACUACUAGCCGCCAUCUGCCUGGUCAAAGGCGGCCACCAGAUCAUACUGGGCGCGUUCACAAAGUUCAAGGAAGUCUGCUCCGAGGACCGGCGCUUCCAGACGCUGAUGAAGUACUUCGUUCACUACGACAUCUUUCACAUUGAGUUCAUGGUGGCCUGUAUGCAGUUCAUCAACAUCGUGGUGCACUCUGUGGAGGACAUGAACUUCCGAGUGCACCUGCAGUACGAGUUCUCCAUGCUGGGACUGGACGAGUACCUGGAGAAACUGAGGCACACAGAGAGCGAGGAACUGCAGGUCCAGAUCUCGGCCUACCUGGACAACGUGUUCGACGUGGGCGCGCUGAUGGAGGACUCGAUGACCAAGGCCGUGUACAUUGAGCGCGCCGAGGAGCUCGAGUCGGAGCUGGCCCAGGCCCAGGAGGAGAUGCAGGAGGUCGAGGCCGAGGCCAUGCACAAAGUGUGCGACCUCGAACAGGCCAUGGCUGAUGUGCGGAGGGAGCGGGACGAGCUGAUGGAGAAAAUGCAACAGUUCACCGAGGAGGUGUCGGCGCUGCGGCGCGUGGCCUCGGAGAAGGAGGCCGAGUCGAUGCGCCGCCAGUCCAUGCUCGAGGGCAAGAUCCAGGAGCUGGAGACAUUCGCCCUCUCCAUCCCCCAGACGGGAGGCGGCGGCGGCGGCGGCGGCGGCGGCUCGGGACCGGCCUCCGCCCCGGCCGGCGCUCCCCCGCCGCCCCCGCCGCCGCCGCCGCCCCCGCCGCCCCCGCCCGGCGGCCGGAUCCCGCCGGCUCCGUCGCUGCCGCCCGGUAUGGGCGGUCCGCCGCCGCCGCCGCCGCCUCCGCCCGGGCAGCUAGUGCUGCCACAGGACGGCUCGUUCACCAUCAAACGCCGCCUACAGACCAAGUACAAACUGCCGACCCUCAACUGGAUCGCGCUCAAACCGAACCAGGUACGCGGCACCGUCUUCAACGAGCUCGACGACGACCGGCUGAUGAACGUCAUCGACUUUGGCGACUUCGAGGAGCACUUCAAGAUCGGCACCAGCCUGCUGCCGAACGGAACACUGGACAGCCGGGACGGGCAGUACGGCACGCUGGGCAGCAAACGCUUCAAACGGCCCGAGAAAACAUCGCUGCUCGAGCACAACCGGCUGAGGAACAUUGCGAUCUCCCGUCGGAAGCUGGAGCGUCCCGUCGAGGAGGUGAUCCGAGCCAUCAACAUGCUGGACCUGAAGGCGCUGCCCCUGGAGAUGGUGGAGCUGCUCCAGAGGAUGGUCCCCACCGAGGCCGAGACGAAGCUGUACCGCGAGUACGAGGCCGAGCGGAAGGACGUCUCUGCCCUCACCGACGAGGACCAGUACCUGAUGCAGCUGACCAGGGUCGAGAGGCUCGCCAACAAGCUCUCCGUCAUGGCCUACAUGGGCAACUUCUUCGACAACAUCCACCUAGUACAGCCGCAAAUCCACGCGGUCAUCAGCGCCUCCAACUCGAUCGUGGCCUCCAAGCGGCUACGCCGAGUGCUGGAGGUGAUCCUGGCCUUCGGUAACUACAUGAACAGCGCCAAACGCGGUCCGGCGUACGGCUUCCGUCUGCAGUCGCUGGAUAACCUGACCGACACCAAGACCACCGAUAAGAAGCGCUGUCUGAUGCACUACAUCGCACAGACGAUCCACGAGAGGGUGCCAGAGGCGGUCGGCGUCGAGUCCGAGCUGCGAUUUGUGGAGAAGGCCGCCCAGGUGUCUCUGGAGAACAUCAUGACGGAUGUCUCGGAACUGGAGAAGGGCAUGGAGGCGACGCGGCGAGAGAUGUACGUCAGACAGAACGUCAAGGACGACUCGAUGAAGACGGCGCUCAGGGACUUCCUCGGCGGAGCGGACGACAAACUCAGGCGUCUGCGGGUGGAGAGCAAGUCGGCGCAGGAGGCCUACCAGCGGGCCGUCGAGUACUUCGGCGAGAGCAGCCGCACCAUCGCCGCCAACACGUUCUUCGCCAUCUUCGCCCGCUUCCUCAAAGCGCUCAAGCAAGCUGAGCAAGAGAACGAGCACCGACGGAAGAUGGAGCGAGCGGCGGCGGCGGCCGCGUCCGAGCGAGAAAACAACAACGUCGCCGUCAACAAACGGAACAAGAUCAACGCCAAAAAGCAACAGGCGGAGGUGAUCCAAGAGCUCAAAUCCAAGUCAUCCCCUCACGGCGGCUCUGUUCAGGAGAAGAAGCUGCUGGGCCAGGAGGAAGUCUACCACGGCGCCCUGGAGGAUAUCCUCCUCGGUCUGAAGAACGAGCCCUACCGGCGGGCCGACGCCGUCCGACGCAGCCAGCGCAAACGCACCGAGACGCAGAGGCUGUCGCGGACUCUGGACGAGCUCGACGUGUGACCGCGCGGGGAAUGUGGGUAUGGAGUGGGUGAUUAGACGAGCUGGGCGGGGGAGACGGGACGAUGUGGGACACCGGAGCGUGGGGCGAGGAUGGCGAGGCGUCAAGUGGUUAGUUUUAUGAAGAAAUGUUUGUUUAAGAAGCAAGUUUUAAGUUUUAAUUCGCGUUUUACUUCGUUAUUGUUCCUGUCGUUUUAAAUAUGUACUCAAAGAGCUUAGCGCUACCAAAAACCCUCGAGAAUAACUCUCGAAAAUGUUUGACGUUCUCGCACGUUGCCGAAUGUGUUACACAUCAGGAUUCGUUCGUAGUUCCGCUGGUGAUCCCGCCUUAUCCCAUCUCCGCCCGCCUGCUGUAAACUGUGAUAUUCUCUUCUCCGAUGUGCCGCGGCGCUCGGCUGGGGUGCUGCUGAGCCCGCUGGAGCACGAGGAACCUCGGCUGGUCCGGCCCGCUCGGCGCCUCACUCCUGAAAGGAGUCGGCUGCGGUUGGGACGCUGCGUCUCUCGUAGAUCUGAUACCGAGUCGUUUUAUUUUGGUUACGAGUGUUUUGUGAGCUCGGCGCGAAGGCCCUGACGAUUCCGGGUCCGCCGGCUAGUGUGGUUGUUUUGCAUGUUACGGCAUACCGCCUGUUGUCUGUCUGCUUGUGUGCGAUCAGUGGAACUACUGCAAUAUCUGGUGGCGCGUAGCGCGUCAGUGCCAGUCGGGACCAGGGGGCGACGUGUCGCGCCGCCGCGGCGCGCGCCCAGUCGUAUCGUUACCGGUGCCUUCACAGGGUGCCUCCAGUCACUGGCGAGCGGAGGGCGGCCGGCGGUGUCCGACCCAGCAGUGUCCCUCGGAGCGGGCUCUGCACGACGGCCGCCGCCGGCGACGCCCCCGUUCAAUAUUCUUAUUUUUGUAUUUAUAAGCAAAUACAUCGGGUGACACUGGA